CCGCAUGCUGAGUUGAAGCUGUUGCGAGCUCUCACUCCCACCGAUCUCCCCAACGCUCAGGUAGGGAACACUCCUGCUAAUGGCUUCAGCUUUCGCACCGGAACUAAUUGCCGCUCAAGAAACGAAACAGCACCCGCCAUUGUCACAAUGUCCGACACGGUCGUCACUCGUCCGCCCCCGAGCGCCAUUUCCAGGCCUGUGAGCGAGGCGCUGCUCAACGAGAAGUGGGACCGCUGCCUCUCCAACCUCCUCGUCAAGUCCACCCUCGGCCUCGGCUUCGGCGUCGUCUUCUCCGUCCUCCUGUUCAAGCGGAGAGCAUGGCCCGCGUUUGUGGGAGUCGGCUUCGGCGCCGGCCGGGCGUACGAGGAGUGCAACUAUAGCCUCAAGCAGGCCGCGCGGGACCUCAAGAAGCAAAAGGCAUAGAGCGGGCGGGCUGAUUGGGGGUCGACGGAAUCGUCCGGCACGGGAAAACGAGCGUUCAACGAUGUACAAAUUACAACAUGGCAAUUGGGCAAGGGUCCGCGAGUAGGACGGCAUAGACUGCGUCGCAAGCUUGUACGAAACAAACUUGCGUCAAUUGAGGCGAUUUGCUUAGCUUGGAACUCCCACCGCCGCGCUCAAC